AUGGUUCUGAUGAUGGCUCCGAAGAUAUUGUACUUGACCGCGGUGCUGAUGUUAGGUACACAAGUGACGUCACUAACAGCAGCCCCGCCCUCUGACGGGAAUUUCCCACCGCGGCCGAAAGAAGGCCGAGUCACCACGAGGUACUGUGAGUUCUACAAUGGCUCACAAACUUCUACUUGCGACACUGCCAAGAACUCCACAUGUGUCCCUAAUGUUAUUAAAGAAGAGUGCCAACCUGUCGAAGCAGACAAAAGUAAUCAUUGCUUCGUGUUGUGGCAGUUCGACAAUGAAACCAACAAGACGUAUCUGAAGGUGAAAGGGUGUUUCGUGGACACUGUCUCCUGCACAGACAGGGCCUCCAGCUGCCGGCUCCACAACUCCAAGCUGCCGCUCCUCCACUGCUGCUGUGAAGGAGACAUGUGCAAUCAGAAUGCAGUGUUCCCUGGUAUAGAGGCUGGCAUGUCAGCUCAAACUGAAAUACCACCCGAGAGAGUACCCGCCUCAGCAGUACCCAACGCUGAUGACGAUACACAAGCAGUAAUAGCUUACACUCUAACACCACUAUUCCUCUUGUUCGCGAUCCUAGUCGGCUGUUAUCUGCUGUACAGAAAGCGCAAAGGAACAUCAUUCGCUGAGCUAGCUAAUGGAGAAGCGUCAUUGUCCAGACCACCGUCGGCCGGCGCUGGAAUGGAAAACGAGGCCGUCGGACUAGUGGGCCAGGUCACGCUCUGCGAGGUCAGGGCUCGCGGCCGUUUCGGAGCCGUGUGGAGAGCGAAACUUGGACAACGAGAUGUCGCAGUGAAAGUGUUCCCCUUGCAAGACAAACAGUCGUGGCUCGCUGAGCAGGAGAUCUUCAGGCUGGCGAGGAUGGAUCACCCAGACAUCUUACAUUACAUCGGCGUGGACAAGAAGGGCGACAACUUACAGGCUGAAUAUUGGCUCGUCACAGCUUACCAUGAGAAGGGUUCUCUAUGCGACUAUCUAAAAGGUCACACGUUAACUUGGGUGGAAGCUUGGCGUAUAGCGGCGUGUGUGGCACGUGGGCUCGCUCAUCUGCAUGAAGAGGGAGGCGGGAAGCCGGCCGUCGCUCACCGCGACUUCAAAUCUAAGAACGUUCUCCUGAAAGCUGACUUAAGUGCUUGUAUUGCGGACUUUGGACUAGCAUUAAUAUUCGUGGCUGGACGAGGAUGUGGUGAUGCACAUGGACAGGUUGGAACUCGACGGUAUAUGGCGCCUGAAGUACUGGACGGAGCUAUCAACUUCACAAAGGACGCCUUCCUAAGGAUAGACAUGUAUGCCUGCGCGCUAGUGCUGUGGGAGAUCGCGUCAAGAUGCAGUGACGCAGCCCCAGAAUUACCAGGACAGUACCGUCUGCCGCUCGAAGAGGAAGUGGGUUCACAUCCCAGUCUUGAAGAAAUGCAGGAAGCCGUGGUACAGAGGAAACUCAGGCCACAUAUACCACCGCACUGGCGUAAUCAUCCCGGUCUAUCAGUACUAUGCGACACGAUGGAAGAAUGCUGGGACCACGACGCGGAGGCUCGGCUGUCCGCGUCGUGUGUCCUGGAGCGGGUCUGUGCCCAGCAGCCAGCGACGAUGGCGCCGGCGCUGACGCCGGACACGACGCCCCUCCUCAUCCACGAGCUCGCAGACCAGCAGCCCUGCUGA